AUGACAAACGGCAAGAGAGCAGAAAAAAACAAGGAUAUAAUGGAAUUGAAGGAUGAUGUUUUAGUUUGGGAGAUCAUCUCUCGCUUGCCCUUGAAGUUGGCAGUUCAAUGUAAAGUUCUAAACAAGGAUAUUAAGGGUCGAAUUUCUGAUCCUGAAUUUUUACGAACUUGGUUUCGACGCCAGGAAGAUCCUUCUACAGAACUCAUCUAUACAUUAAAUGGGAGGCACAGAUCGCUCCACAAAAUCACCUUACACCCUAUCCCAAACACUCAAAUUGAGACGCCUCUCUCCUGUGAUAUUGAGAUUUUGGCCUCAUGCAAUGGUCUCAUUCUCAUUGACUUUGAUCGUGUUACGAAAUACUGUGUUUUCAAUCCCCUAACUGGAGAGCACCAAUUGAUACCAUACCCGCUGAUGCCUUCAAAUAGGCUUCAUAGUAUGGGCUUCGCUGUUGAUUACCCGGAUUCAGAUCAAUAUAAAUUGGUAACCAUCAGUGAACGCGUUAAAUAUUCCCACAGGUUCUACAAAUUUAGCCUACUGUCAUCGCAGCAACCUGGCUUCUGGCAUGAAAUCCAACAGGAAACCAAUUCUUUCAGGCCUUUUCCUGAGGGUAAUCCACCUGUUUAUUGGUGUGGUUCUCUGUAUUGGCUCAGAUGUGAGGGUAGUGUUGUAGCAUUUGAUACGAGGAGACAAGCGUCUAGAGUAAUUGAAGCUCGGUUUAUUCCUCAAUAUGAUUUCAACUAUGGUAAUAUUAGCACUGGUAACAAUAUGUGGCUAGGGACGGCACAAGGUGUACUUACCCUUGCAUGCAUUUUCAGAAGGCUCAUAGUCCUCGCGACUUAUGAUAAUGCACGUAGUAGUUGGACGGUUACUCACACUGUGGACAACUUUAUUUCUCGUAUGAGCGGCUUUGUUGCUGGCUUUCCAGUCUGGAUCGACAGCAAGCGUCUUUUCUUAUGGAGCGUCCCUGGGUAG